AUGAAGUGCUCCGGUGUAGUGGAUCGUAUCCUCAAUGGAACGCCUGUAGAGCGCAGCCUAUCGCUGAAGAAUGACAAAGUGUCACUAGAGAGUAUCAUGCUGCAGUUUCUCUGCGGUGAACCGCUUAGACUCGAGCACGCAACGGAAAUUGCUCAGCAGGCGGCACUUGUUCUUCGCACAGAACCGAAUGUACUUUCUAUCGGCGACACUGUUGUUGUCGUCGGGGAUAUUCAAGGUCAAUACUACGAUUUGGUAGAGAUCUUCGCUGCUUGUGGCUCCUUGGGCGUGACUAAGUACCUUUUUCUUGGCAACUACAUCGGCAAUGGCGGGUUCAACUUGGAGUGCCUUCUUUUCCUACUGGCAGCGAAAGUAGCUCACCCGCAGUCGCUUUUUCUGAUCCGAGGAAGCAAUGAAUCCAAAUUCAUGGCAGACGUUCUUCAACUUGGCAAGGAGUGUCAGCUAAAGUACUCUAGCGCUUUGUUACCACAGUUACUGUCUGCGUUUAACUGUUUGCCACUGGCGGCAAUAGUCCGAAAAAAGUUUUUCUGCGUUCACUCAGGACUGUCCCCAGACGUGUCGCAUGUAGAUGACAUUGCGCUAAUUCAUCGCUUCCGUCACAUUCCAACGCGAGGGGCAAUGUGUGAUAUGGUGUGGUCUGAGCCAGAUUGGGACACCGGCAAUCAGCUGUACAACAAUGCUGAGGAGUCUUCAGGCGAGACAUAUAUUCCACGACUCGGCUUGUUUGAGACGCGAGCACUCUUCAUCCCAAACAAACAGCGAGGCCUGAGCUACGUGUUCAAUUUCGCUUGUGCAAAACGUUUUGUAUCAGCGAACAACCUCCUCUGCAUCAUUCGAGCUCACGAGGUUCAAGAGCUCGGCUUUAAGCUAUAUCGCCCGCACCCGAACCACCUGUUUCCUUGCAUAAUUUCCAUAUUUUCGGCACCAAAUUACUGCUCUAGUUUCGGCAACAAAGGCUCAGUUUUAGUGGUUUCACAGGAGACUAUUUGCUUCAAGCAAUUUGAGCCCUCGCCUCAUCCAUGUGUGCUGCAAGGGCGAAAUGCAUUUUCGUGGUCUCUACCGUUCUUGGAAAGCAACCUAAUGUCCAUCUUCCUGACCCUCCUGUCGGGCUCUGAUUAUGACCCAAUGGGUGUGGACAGUUCUGGAAAGGGCUCGAGCAGCGGAGAUAUCACACCAAUCAUUUAA